AAAUAAAUAAAAAAUCAAUCUUUCUUCUCUCCCACCAUUUUCCCGACCAUUUUUCUCUCUCCUCUUUCACAAACUCUCUUCUUCUUCACCAUAUAUUAUACAAUUACAUUUAUUUUUAUUCAUGGACCGUCUCUUAUAAAUAUUAAUCUUUCCCUCCUUUUUUUUUAUUUCUUGAAACAAAAAAAAUGGCGUACCAUCACAACCACCACCUCUCACAAGCGGAAAUGGCAGCGCAAUUCGCCGGAGAACAAACUCAUUCACCAAACCACCACCAACAACAGCUCCAACACCAUCAAAGACAACUCCAACACCACCAGCCAAACUGGCUAACCUCCGCUAUCCUCGGCUCAUCCGCCGGUGCCGGCGAAGGAGGGAGUAACUUCUUUAAAAUCCACUCGGUAGACGACUCGGGAGCGAUGUCGGCAAUUCCGUCACAACCUGGCGAGUUGACUCACAAUGAGGAGGCCGGGAAGCCAGAGAUCGGAGACGGUGAAGUCUCCGGUAGCGGAGGAAACAGCGGUGGAGGAGAUAGAGGGGGAGAACAACAACAACAGCAGCAACAGCAGGUGAAUUGGCAGAAUGCGAAGUUUAAGGCGGAGGUAUUAGGGCAUCCGCUUUACGAGCAGCUGUUGUCGGCGCAUGUAGCGUGUUUGAGGAUCGCAACUCCGGUGGACCAGUUGCCGAGGAUUGACGCACAGCUUGCUCAGUCGCAAAACGUCGUGGCUAAGUAUUCUGCGCUUGGGAAUGGUCACAAUUUGGUUGGUGAUGAUAAGGAGUUGGACCAAUUCAUGACACAUUACGUUCUGUUGCUGUGUUCCUUUAAAGAACAACUACAACAACAUGUUCGAGUACAUGCAAUGGAAGCUGUGAUGGCAUGCUGGGAAAUUGAACAGUCUCUACAAAGCUUGACAGGAGUCUCUCCAGGUGAAGGCACAGGGGCAACUAUGUCUGAUGACGAAGAUGAUCCAAUAGACAGUGAAAGUAACUUGUUCGAUGGAGGUUUGGAUGGUGGAGACACCAUGGGAUUUGGACCUCUCAUCCCAACUGAGAGUGAGCGGUCACUGAUGGAGCGUGUGAGGCAAGAGCUAAAGCACGAGCUUAAACAGGGCUACAAGGACAAAAUUGUGGAUAUAAGAGAAGAAAUCUUGCGUAAAAGAAGAGCCGGGAAGCUACCUGGUGACACCACCUCUGUCUUAAAGGCUUGGUGGCAAUCACAUUCUAAGUGGCCAUAUCCAACAGAGGAAGACAAGGCGAGGUUGGUACAGGAGACAGGCCUGCAGCUAAAGCAGAUCAACAAUUGGUUCAUCAAUCAAAGGAAGAGGAACUGGCAUAGUAAUCCUUCAAGUUCUACUGCAUUAAAGAGUAAGCGCAAAAGGUAAAACCGUGGCAAUUGUUUCAUGUAGAUGAAGAACACCGCUGGAAAAGCUUCUGAUAUCUUUUGUGCCGUUUUUAACAUAAUUCUAUGGUACUGUGGCAUUGGAUCAUGGGACAACUUUUUGUGAUUUGAAGGAGUGGGAGAAACACUGCUAAUGAAAGUGGCAAAGGAAUCCAUAGAUGCCGCUUGAAGGUGCAUAUGGAUGGGUAGAGGAUGAAUGGCCCUAUAUACCGACAUGGGUAAUACCCGUAUCAGUAGGAAGAUCUGCAGAAUGACAGGAAUAUGUAUAUCUCAGUGAAAUGCAGUAAGAGUCACCAUAUUAUGGUGACUUCUAUAUUUUUGUAACCUUUAUAUAUAUAGUCAUUUGAAUUAAAACACUUAUGAAGGUGUGGAUGUACAGAUUAAGCAGUUUGUUUUCGUUUUCACUUAUAGUAGUGCAAUUACCAAAACGUUUUAAUCUUGAUAAGAUAUACUUGGUAUUGUAGUAGUAUGAACUAUGAAGUUGUAGCAAAACCCAGUAAUUGCUAUGUCUUGAAAGCAUAACUUGUAAUUAAAGUUUAUAUUUUCAA